CUUUAAACCUAAAUCAUGGCUCUUAUCUCAUCAGGGAAUUGCAAAUAUCUCCUAAUUCCAAAUCUUUAUUUCAUUCUCGUUCAAGGCUCAUUUUAUUUCUUGCUUUUAGUCCUCCCUUUUGCAACAUCCGUGAGCUUCAACUUUUCCAGUUUCAAUGAAUCAGUAUUUUAUGGGAAUGGUAUCAUCAUGCCCUUGGGAGAUGCAACACUCUCUGAUCCAAGGAUCGAUCUCACUCGAAAUCGACAGGAUCAAACCUCUACUGCUAGUAUCGGUGGAGUGUUUUAUAAUGCUCCCGUUCAUCUUUGGGACAAGAAGACCGGAAACCUAACCAACUUCACCACCCAUUUCUCCUUCACCAUCGGAAAGGCCUCACUACAGUGCAAUUCUUGCAGUGGAGUUGGAGAUGGGCUUGCUUUCUUCCUUGCUCCCAAUGGUUCCUCCGUAGUCCACAAUAUUGAUGAAGCAGGUGGUGGUCUUGGUCUUUUCAACAACACACCAUCCACACCAUAUAACAGAAGUGGACCCAUCAAUAAUUCCAUCAUUGCAGUGGAGUUCGAUACUUUCCAGAACUAUUGGGACCCAGAUGCCAAUCACAUAGGUAUCGACAUCUCUUCCGCUGUAUCUGUAAAUAAUAUCUCAUGUAAUGGUUCUCUUUGGGAAUCGAUGAGAGAUAAUAAUAGCCCUUGGGAGGCUUGGGUUAAUUAUGAUUCAAGUUCCCAAAACUUGAGUGUUGUAUUGAGUUGUGCUAAUAAAUCUCUUUCUUGGGAGUACUGUAGCCUUAACUAUAUUGUUGAUCUGAAGGAAUAUCUUCCAGAGAAUGUCACUGUUGGGUUCUCUUCAUCCACAGGACUUUCCGCCGAGCUACAUCAGCUCAACUACUGGGAAUUCAGUUCGAGUAUGGAAAUUGAUAAUUCGAAUAAUACCACCGGAGCAUCCAACUUCACAUCCAUCAAAAACAAGCUAGUAAUGGUGGUGGGAUUGCCUGUGGGCGGAGCUACCAUGAUUACUGUCUUGGGUUUGUUUUUGUUUUUCAGGUGGAGAAAGAAUGGAGAAAAUAAAGCAGUUGACGAUGUGGUCUUAGAUGUCCCCACGGGGCCUAGGGAGUUCUCCUAUCCUGAAUUGGCUGGAGCAACUAGUAACUUUGAUGAGAAACAAAAGCUGGGAGAGGGAGGAUUUGGAGGUGUUUAUAGAGGCUUCUUGAGUGAUCUAAACAUGGAUAUUGCUGUGAAAAGGAUCUCCAAAGGGUCUAAACAAGGGAUAAAGGAGUAUGCAUCGGAGGUGAAGAUCAUUAGUCGAUUGCGGCAUAGGAACCUCGUACACCUUCUUGGUUGGUGCCACCAACGGAAAGAGCUACUCCUUGUGUAUGAGUUCAUGCCCAAUGGAAGCCUUGAUUCCCAUCUAUUUCGAAACAGGGGAUCCUUGACAUGGGAGUGGAGGUACAAGAUAGCUCUUGACUUAGCCUCUGCAUUACAGUACUUGCACGAAGGGUGGGAUCGAUGCAUCGUCCACAGAGAUAUAAAAUCCAGCAAUGUAAUUCUAGAUUCCAACUUCAAUGCUAAAUUGGGGGAUUUCGGUCUGGCUAGGGUUAUGGAAAAUGAUCAGAAAGGGUCACAAACAAAUAAUGUGACUAGUACCAUGGGAGGAUGGCUUGUGGAACAAGAGAAAGGGACACAGACAACCAAUGUAGCUGGUACCAUGGGAUACAUGGCACCUGAAUAUGUUUUUACUGGGAAGGCUAGCAAAGAAUCUGAUGUCCAUAGCUUUGGCAUUGUUCUCUUAGAAAUUGCUUGUGGGAGAAAGGCCAUUGAGAAGACGGCUGACCCAAGUGAAGUUUGUUUGGUAGAAUGGGUUUGGAAUCUCUAUGGAAGUCGAAAGCAUCUCGAAGCGGCUGAACCAAGUCUAUGUAUGGAUUCUAAUAAGCAGCAAUUAGAGUGCCUGAUUGUUGUUGGGCUAUGGUGUUCUCAACCAGACCACAAUCUCAGACCUUCUAUUGGGCAAGCUAUUAAUGUUCUCAAAUUCGAUGCUCCACUACCCAUUCUCCCAUAUUGUAGAGAGCCUGUUUCUACAGAAUGUGAUACAAGCCAUACCCAUCGUGAUGUUCCUCCAAUAACAACACCACUGAUUCUGCCAAAUUAA